ACGAUCGAAGUAGAUAGAGCCUUCGCGGACGGCGUUGGAACCCGGUCUUCGUCUCCAAAGAUCGAAGCUUUUGUUCCUCUCCCAAGAUUCCAAAGCAUUUGCGACUGAAUUCGAUCUCUUUCGCAUAAGAAAUUAGGGUUAGGGAUUGCUCCUACCUCCGCAAAUGGCUCAGGCCGUGGAGGAAUGGUACAAACAGAUGCCGAUCAUCACCCGCUCCUACCUCACUGCCGCCGUCAUCACCACUGUCGGCUGCUCUCUCGAGAUCAUAUCUCCAUAUCAUUUGUACCUGAACCCUAAGCUUGUAGUACAGCAUUACCAGAUCUGGCGCCUGAUCACGAAUUUUCUGUACUUCCGUAAAAUGGAUUUGGAUUUCCUUUUUCACAUGUUUUUCCUUGCUCGAUAUUGCAAACUGCUCGAGGAGAACUCAUUCAGGGGGAGGACUGCAGAUUUCUUUUAUAUGCUUUUGUUUGGUGCCACUGUCUUGACUGGGAUAGUUCUCAUUGGAGGAAUGAUACCAUAUGUAUCAGAGAACUUUGCAAAAAUACUCUUUCUUAGCAACUCUCUGACUUUCAUGAUGGUGUAUGUCUGGAGCAAGCAUAACCCCUUUAUUCACAUGAGCUUCUUGGGCCUAUUUACUUUUACGGCGGCCUACCUACCUUGGGUUCUCCUAGGCUUCUCUUUUCUCGUUGGCACUAGUACAUGGGUGGAUAUUCUGGGUAUGGUAGCGGGCCAUGCGUAUUACUUCCUGGAAGAUGUCUACCCAAGGAUGACAGGUCGUCGCCCCCUGAAGACCCCGUCUUUCAUCAAAUCCCUUUUCGCUGAUGAGACUGUCGUGGUGACUCGGCCGGCAAACGCGAGAUUCGCAGCCCCACCAGCCCAAGAACUUCACCAAGAUUAAAUUCCGGGUCUGAACUUCUUGACAAAAUGCUGUGUUCCAUUACCAUUUCCCCCUUGAUACAUAACUCUGGCAUCUGCCUUUCUGGUCCUUGGUGAAAUUAGUCCUCAAUAGUUAUAUAAGCACAUUUGUUCCUCUAACUUCCCUCUGUAAUAGUUGCAGCUGAAUUUUCUUAGCCAAUCUUGUGCAUAUCCGGAUGGGGAUUUAAGAAAAAAAAUGAAGAGAAUUUUAUAAUGAUUUAUUUCUUUUA